AUGCCGAAAGACGACGUUCGGCCGGACAGGAAGAACAGACGUCCCUCGGCUUGUGCAUGGCCAGCCAGGUACCCCCAGCAGCUGAUUGCCGGUACCGAACAACGGAUACCUACCUACCUAGCUUGCCCUGCCUACCUUGUCUGGCGGUACCCGCCCGUCGCUGUAACUUGCCUAGCCGGUGCAACUCCAUGGCGGAGCUCUCUCAACAUGCAUGUCAGCGUGCUGGAUUCCUAA